AUGGCUCCUCGAAACUGCGAAGUUCGAGAACAUGACAGCGCCGGGAAUGAAGUGAAGUUGAAUCUUUCAGAGGAAGAAGAAGAGCCCCAACAAGUGCGCGCGAAGGUUGAGGAUCCGGAAGGCCUAGGAUCUGCACCUGCAUCCACGACCGCAUGGCGACCAACCGAACCACUUUUUCAGAAAGACCGAUCUGCCGAUGUCAUUCUGUGUUCUUCGGACGAGUUCAAGUUUAGAGUCCACAAACUGGUCCUUUCCAUCGCCUCACCGGUGCUCAGGGACUCACUGACGGUUCAGAAUGGCGGGAUUCCUGACCCGCUGAAGCUCGAGGAGACGGGAGAAGUCCUUGAAAAGCUAUUGAAACUAUGCUAUCCUGUUGAACGGCCCACAUGGUCGUCCGUAUCAGACGUAUCGUCCGUUCUGGCCGCUGCAGUCAAGUACAAAAUGAAGGGAAUCAUCCCUUCGUUGAGGCAGGAACUAGUAUUGCCGAGGUUCCUGGAAACUGAAGCCUUGCACAUUUUCACCAUCGCUUGCCGUCUGGGCCUGAAUGACGAAGCGCGCAUAGCCGUUCCCUACACGUUAAGGGGACCAGUGGUCUCGAAGCCCCCCAUACCCGAGCUGCAGUCAAUUUCGGGUUUGACCUUCCACCAACUUUUGGAGUACCGCGAGGACUGUUCCAAGGCUGCUGCCAGACUCACCCGGUGCCCCGGUCAAGAUCGUGGGCUAUCAGUAGAGACUGGGUAUGGGUUGCCUGUACUGAGAAAGGAUGUUCCUCGACCAACGCUAAGACCUACGGCACAGAUGUGGCCCGUUGGUGGGUCACUUAUAUGGCGAGCGCUCGUUCUGCUUUAUCCGCAAACCCUUGCGAGAGUAUUCCAAGAUUUGACAGCGUUCAGUGAGCUGCUUGCGGCCGAAGUCGACAAGAGAGUGAAGAAGAUUGCGGAUACCUAUGACUUUUGCGCGUAG